UCACGCAAAUCAACAAGAGGCGACUCGAGUUCGGUGUCGAUGUAGAAACUUUCAAAAUAGGAGAGAGGCGUAUAGAGCGUACCAACAGUGAAGCUUCCAUGGAGGACGAAGACGUGAUCGGGAAACGCCGACGGAGACUACUGGACGAUGAGAGACGGGAUGAACUCGAACCUCGACGCCGCCCAUUACCAGUGCACCGACCUUACACCACUCGGCAACCUGACCAGGAUGAAGAGACACUCAUCAAAGAAACACAAGCUGCCUUAAAAACGCUCUCAGGAAGCUGGACUCGUGAUCAUACGAUUGUACACACCGGUGACGUGACCGAUGAAGCGAACGGAUUCGAAAACUUAUUUGCUGACGGAAGGCAAGAACAUAAUAAUAUGUUGCCGUCCCCGCCCUCACCGUCUUCCGAAAGCAAUGACACCACACAAAAAAGUUUUGCUAUGCGAUACGAACAGCAAGAGCAUAACAUUAACGGUGUCAAUGGAAAUAUUGAAUUGAAUGCGUGCGGAGAGAUUACUGAAGAUCAAGAAAGCAGACAUUCUAAUUACGAUGGAACUAAUUUCGACGAGCUCGGUGAUUCGUCUUCCAAUGAACUCGAAAUAGAUAUGUCAGAUCGAUUUGACGAUAAAUUCGACGACGAUAGAGAAUUUAAAUUUAAACGUAAAGGCGAUAUUGUGUCCGUCAAUAAGCAGUCUCUGUACAACGCUUACAAAGCGGCGACGGCUGCACUGCCAUAUACCACGCAAUCGGCUUUCAAGCCUCCCGCUGAAGUGAAGCAUAGGCUACACGGACCUACACUGCCGAGCGAACCUUUCGGGGGGUAUUCGAAUGAUCACGACAAGAGUUCAGUGAACCGUGCUUCGAAACAGUAUACAGUGCUACAGCCGGCAGGAGUGGGGUCACGCGCGGCCACGGCGCUGCAAGAAGCCAGAGCAGUUCCAACCGCGCAGCCGGCACGAGAUUCGCGACCGCUCACUGCACUCUCGCCGCCCGUCGUCAGAGAAGGCAACAAGUGCCCCACACCCGGCUGCAAUGGGCAGGGCCACGUCACCGGCCUAUACACACACCAUAGAAGUCUGUCAGGAUGCCCAAGAAAGGAUAAAGUUACACCGGAGAUUUUGGCGCUGCACGAAACGAUCUUGAAGUGUCCCACGCCCGGGUGCAACGGUCGAGGACACGUGAGCUCGAAUCGCAGCACGCAUCGGUCUCUUUCCGGCUGCCCUACAGCCGCCGCACGCAAGGCCGCCGCUAGAACACAACGCACACGUCCUACCUUAUCGAUAACAGCAGCUCCGAUUUCGGUAUCCGUGUCUCUAUCGAGCGACAACGGGUCGAACCCAAACUCGACGCGUGUCUCCCACGAGAGGGAGUCAGCGGCCUCGCCGCCUAGUCCGCCCGUGAAGAGAGAAGCCCCCGAGCUGCUCGUGCCGAAGCGAGAGGCCGCCGAGCCAGAGCGCGACUCCCCCGCAGGGAUGGAGACGCGCCACGCCGGCUACGGCGCGCCACCCGACCAACGAUCACCGUACGAUCGACCACCGGACGACCACGUCCGAUCCUAUAGUCAAAUGAACGAGACUCGAUAUGGGUACGAGUCUCGUUGCUACGAAGGAGCGCCUGCCUUCGAACGCUACGACCCUCAGUGUCCGCAGCGGUCGUACGGUUGGGAGGAGGAACGCUACCACGAUCCACACCUACCCACGCCCAUGAAGACGGACCAAUCGGAACAGGAGACCAGUUCUGGACCUAUUUAUCCUAGACCAAUGUACCACUACGAGACUGGUGGUGGAGUUGCCGGUGUGAGCGCAAUGGGACCAGGCGUUCCACCAGGUUUCUCGGCCAUCAAUUUGUCGGUGAAGAUCGCAGCUGCGCAGGCCCAACGUCCCCGAAGUCCCACGCCCAGAGAUCCGAGGGAUCCGAGGCCGGCAAUAGACCUUUCCAGCUCAAGUGGUAGUCCACAGGGUCCAUACGCGUCGCCGGUGUACACGAGCGCGGGCGGGGGCAGCGGCGGCGCGCGGGGCAGCCCGCAGCCGGGAGCUUCGCCCCAGCUAACGGCCAGCCCUCAGGUGCCCAGUCCACAGGGACAGACCCUCGACCUUAGCGUGUCCCGUUUACCACAUAGUCGAGGCUUCCCCGGCGCCGUUUCCUAUAGUCGAGAAUCUACCCCGGACAGCGGCGGUAGCCAUCCGUACCUGGAAGCCUACCACCGAGACACCGCAGGUUACGGUGGUGUCAGUCCGCACCCAGUGGCGGGAUACGGGCUAGGUCAGCCGGAUUACGCGGCGGCUGCGGCAGCGGCGGGCUACGGCGGAUACCAGUACCAGUGCGGCGCCUAUCCGCCUCCGCCGGCGUACCCACCUCACGCACCGCCAUAUUCUCCGCCCUGCUACAUGCCGCCGCCACACGCGCCGCACGACAAGCCAAAGGAUACAAGUUUGUAUAUGUGCAGCCUGUCCGGGUGUCCGCGCGCCGAUCGCUCCCAACUCCAGCCACAUUCCCAAGAGCUGAAGUGUCCGACGCCGGGCUGUGAUGGAUCCGGUCACGUCACCGGCAACUAUUCCUCACACCGGUCCCUCUCCGGCUGCCCGAGGGCCAACAAGCCGAAGAGCAAACCCAGAGACGGCCAGGAUUCGGAGCCUUUGAGCGCAUCGGGCUGUCCAAUUGCGAAUCGGAAUAAAAUGCGGGUCUUGGAGAGUGGCGGAACCGUCGAACAACACAAAGCCGCUGUGGCCGCAGCCGCUUCAGCCAUCAAAUUCGAUGGAGUGAACUGUCCAACGCCCGGUUGUGAUGGAUCUGGCCACAUAAAUGGAUCCUUUUUGACGCAUCGGUCGCUCUCCGGCUGUCCAGUAGCCGGAGCCGCCACUCCUACGCCGCAACCAACGAAAAAACCCAAGUACCCGGAUGAUAUAACACCGCUGUAUCCAAAACCAUAUUCAGGAAUGGAGAUGAACAUGCAAACGGGAAACGGUGAAGAUCUGAUGACAUUAGAACAAGAAAUUACCGAACUUCAACGGGAAAACGCAAGGGUCGAAUCGCAGAUGAUGCGCUUGAAGUCCGACAUCAACGCGAUGGAAACUCAACUGACACAUGGAGAGCGAGAGAAUCAACUGAUAACCCAACGCAACAGCAACUUGAACGAGUACUACGAGAGUCUGCGGAAUAACGUGAUCACGCUGCUCGAGCACGUACGCAUCCCGGGGGGAGGCGCCGCCCCCGCCCCGCCCGCGCCCGCCCCCGCCGCACCCGACAAGCCCGCGCACGACAACUUCGACUCCUACCUCACCAAGCUGCAGACGCUCUGCUCCCCGGACGGGUACUGUCCGGACGAGAACCGCCCCAUCUACGAAACCGUCAAAAACGCGCUCCAGGACUUCACGGUGCUUCCUACGCCCAUUUAAGGGUCGCCGAGCGCCGCCGACUCAGACCGACAGUGAACGUUCACCGGCGACCUCGGCGGGGCUUUACGUCAAACGGACAUUUCCAAUAAAAUGUGUACCCGUGUUCAUACUGUCCCCACAUAGUCUGUACCAGUUUCGUCAAUAUCAUACACAUUUUAACAAAAAGUACCGAUUCAAAGUAUACGUACCAUUUAAUUAUUUUUUUGCCUACGUAUAAAAUACUACGUAUACGUUUAAAAAUAUAAAAAGCACUAAGUCAGUCACAACAUAAUAAUAUGUGCAAGUGGGACAGUCACAAAAGUAACAUCGAACAUUUAGGACGACGUGAGAUUGAACUGGUGAUUUUUUAACUCUGUAAUUGUGAAUGAGUAUUCUGUGUAUUUCGUGAUCUGUGGACGAAACUCAAACCAAAGAUUAAUGUCGUUUGUGCCGGAACGACUCGAACGUCAGCGUCGUACAUUUAGGACGCGGGUGGAUAUUUGUGUUCUACUAUUAGGCAAUGAUGUCUGAUCUCUUUAAACCGUUGUAUACGAUGUGUGACCUAUCUAAGACAUCGCGUUGCUCGAACGAGGGUUCGUUGGUCGUAGUUAAGCUGGACUAAAUUACUAUAAAUAAAUUUUAAAAACUUGUUACUACUCGUAUGCUUAAAUUAAUGUAAUUGUUAGGAAAAGUUUAUACUUGUACGUGAGCGGUUUUAGAGUCACACGAAAACAUUAAAUUAUCAUUUUAAUGUAAAUAUUGUAUCUACAUUUCGUAUUAUAAAUAUAGUUAUCGUAAUAACCAAGACCCGUUCGUGCGGGUACAUUUUAGCGAAACGAUAUACGAGCGAACAGAUUUUAUCAAACAGGAAAUAUUGUAGCGUAUAAGGAAAGUGUUACUAUUAAAUUUCAUUAUUACUGGGAAUGUGCCAAAUGCUUCGAAUACGCAGCAGCUCCCGACCGCUGAUAUUAUGUUGAGUUAACAUUAAUAUUACGUAAGCAAAUAUAAACGAAUCCUUAGAGGACAGUCAGUUCUAGUCAGUUUGUUUUGUAAAUAUAAAAAAAAAUGUGAAUACUUAAAUGUCACGUCGUAGGGACGUAUUUAUUUGUAUUAGGUAAUACGAGAUCUCACUAGAUCGUUGUAAGUUAAUUCAGUCAUUAAUUAAUAAUGUAUUUUAGGUAUAAAAAUUUAAACGUACAUUCUUUGUUAGCCAAUGUUCUCCUGCUGUGAUUAUGUUACAUGUUAAUUACUUAUUUAUUGUUACCUCGGCCCUAAACGGGAUGUGAUAGGUUAAUUAUCUUUUAUUCUUGUAGUUGUUGAUUUGCUGUUUCAUUUGAAGCAAGUUUCUGAUAAACAAUUGAUGUGCAAUUUUUUUUACUAUUUUCGUAAAGUUGGUGUAUUUUUUAUUGAGAUUUUCAUUUUUAAUGUUGUGAAAUGUCAACGGUACACAGGAAUAUAAUUAUUCGCAUUUAAAUAUUAAAACCUAAUAAGAUAAUAUGUUACUACUCUGUCAAAUACUUACGUUUCUGUAAUAUAUUGAGUAUGUGUUGUUAAAGAAUAAAAAUAAUAAAUA